AUCUUAUGUGUGUAUAUUAUAGUAUAUCAUAGUAAUAAUAAUAAUAGUAUUAGUUGAUUUAGCUUAACACAGUAAGGCACUUAGACCAUGGAAACCAGGUUAACGGUAACGUCACAAUUUAUUAGUGAUGGCCGUGCUAUGGGGUAUGAAGGGGAAAGGCUAGAGAAAUAUGUGAAGGAACGGAAAGCUGAAUAUGAUAGAGAUAAGGAAGUCGCGAAGGCAGAGGAAGAGGCUAGGUUUGAGCGGCAGGAGAAGUUGAAGAAAGAGGCGAAGGCAGAAGAAGAGGCUAGGUUUGAGCGGCAGGAGAAGUUGAAGAAAGAGGCGAAGGCAGAAGAAGAGGCUAGAAAGAAAGAGGCGAAGGCAGAAGAAGAGGCUAGGUUUGAGCGGCAGGAGAAGUUGAAGAAAGAGGCGAAGGCAGAAGAAGAGGCUAGAAAGAAAGAGGCGAAGGCAGAAGAAGAGGCUAGAAAGAAAGAGGCGAAGGCAGAAGAAGAGGCUAGGAAGAAAGAGGAAGAAGAGAGAUUUGAACGUGAUGAGAAGGCCAAACGCGAGGAGCACGAAAGAUGGAAGGAAAGAGAUGCCAAGGAGUCAAUCAAGAGGAAAGAGGAGUUGGAACUGGCUAGGCUUAAAGAAAAGUCUGCGCCAGAGGCAGGCGGGGCGGCAGGACAGUCAGGGGAUGUGCGAUACAAGAAUGUCUUAGACAGGCUUGACAAGAGUUUCCAGGGAAUGAAAGAUGACGACGACCUCCUAGCUUACCUAACACACUUUGAGGCCGUUGCAGCAAGGUGCAAAAUAGAGAGAAAAGAGUGGUCCUUGCUGUUGUCAUAUAAACUGACCACCGCACUCAGAAACUUCAUGCUAAGGGACAGUCUGUUCCUUAGCGAGAAUUAUGAAGAAGUCAAGACUGCACUUCUUCGCCAUGCAGAUAUCAACGCGGAAACCUGCCGCAAAAGAUUCCAUCUCGUGAGACCAAGUCAAAACGACUUUAGGAGAUAUGUAACAGAAUUGAGAACAGCAUUAGACAAUUGGUGCAAGAUGGCCGAAGUCGGUAAAACAGUGGAGGAGUUAAAAGACCUGUUGAUCAAAGAUAGGAUCUUAGAAAGUGUUUCGAGUGACGUAUACAGGCAACUAGUUUUGAGCAAGCACAGAACAGUAGAUAAUAUGCUAGAAGUUAUAGAAGGAUUUAAGGUAGCUGGUUCUGAUGUGUCCAUUUGUAAGGAAGAAAGUGUAUAUGUUGCAGCAGCAUGCAGUGAGUCGGGGUCAGAUGUGUCUAUUUGUAAGGAAGAAAGUGCGCAUGUUGCGGCAGCGUGUCGUGAGCCUGUGAGAAAUAGAAGUCCAGGGAUUGAGAGUAACUUAAUUAUUUGUUUUAAGUGCAAGAGGGGAGGCCACAAAGCGUCAGAAUGCCCUCAACGUCCGCAACUUAACUCUAGUCCUGCUUCUGAUGUUAGAUAUAGGAACGCACCCACAAUCUCCACUAACACACAAAGGCCCAGUAGAAAUGCAUCACAAGGUCGCUACCAAAGGCAGUUUGAUGGUAACGGUCGAAGAAUCCGCGGCAAUAGUGUGGGGAGACAAAGUUAUGCUACAUACGAGAAUUCUUACAAUAACAGGCACAGUAGAACGGGUGGUACUGGGGCAUACCAAAACAGAGAUCAAGGCCCAGGAGGUUCUUAUAGAUGACUGAGUGGUCCUCACAAUAUUCAAAAUUGUGGAAAUUGUACUUUAGGGAAAGGAGAUGAGUAUUUUUCCCCCUGUAAGAGAAAAACUUUUUCAUAUGUGGAUAAGACAUUACGUGAUAAGUCUGUGGGUAAGCUGAAGUUUGAAAAGGGGAGAGUAAAUGGGAUAAGUGUGUCUGUUUUGAAAGAUUCUGGUUCGAGUGUUAUAGGAAUUAGAAGCUCAUUAGUUGGUGAGAAAGACAUGAUUCCUGGUACUUAUAAAUUAAAACUUGUUGAUGGGACAGUGAAGGAUUAUCCAUUGGCAUGUGUGAGUAUUGAGUCGGAUUACAUUGUCGGUAAAUAUGUCGUAGCUUGCUUUAAAGAUCCGGUUGCAGAUUUAAUUCUUGGGAAUGUUGACAGUAAUGUGAGUCGUGAGUUUAAUUGCUCAGCAGUAACUAGGUCAAUGACAAAUAAGGAAAUUGAGGGCGGCACUGUAAGUGAUUGUGGAGUAUUGGAAGAAUGUCGAGAUGUGUUAGGUACAAGCGAAGAAUUUUUAUGUGAACAGUUGAGUGAUCCGUCUUUAAAAGAUCUAUGGGAGCGACAUGUGGACAGUUGUGUAGAUAAUAAAAAGAAUGGAAGUGUGGAAUAUAAAGUGUUUGAUAGACUAUUGUACAGAGUGUUUAGGGGAAAGUUUGGUGAGGAAGAAAGACAGUUAGUUGUACCUUCAGCUAAGAGAGAAAUUGUGUUGAAAACCGCUCAUGAGAGUAUGUUGGCAGGACAUUUGUCAUUAAGAAAGACUAAAAGUAAAAUCUACAAAUAUUUUUUCUGGCAAGGUUUAGAUAGAGACAUAAAAGAGUUUGUGAGGUCGUGUGAUAUUUGUCAGAAAGCUAGGAUGCCACGUCGUUGUGACAGAGUGGAGCUAGGCCAAAUGAAUGUUAUUACCACUCCGUUUUAUAAAGUUGCAACAGAUAUUAUUGGCCCAUUGGAGUUAACUGACAAUAAGAAUAGGUAUAUUUUGACAGUAGUAGAUGUUGCUACGAGAUGGCCAGAAGCGAUACCACUGAGAAAUAUAAACACAGAAACAGUUAUCGAAGCACUAACUAGUAUUUUUUGUAGAAUUGGGCUACCGACUGAAAUUUUAAGUGAUCAAGGCCCACAGUUUACUUCGGAAUUGUACAAUCAGGUCUGUAAUUUUUUCUCUGUCAAACCAGUGCAUUCUACCAUUUACCACCCGAGCUCUAAUGGGAUGGUUGAACGACUUAAUUCUUCUUUAAAAUCCUUUCUAAGGAAAGUGUGUCAGGAUAGCCCUUGUGAUUGGGACCGGAAAGUCAACGCAGCUCUGUUCGCCUACCGAGAGGUUCCUAACGAAACAACGGGAAUGUCACCAUUUGAGCUUGUCUACGGAAGACAAAUGAGGGGCCCUUUGGCUAUCUUAAAGCAAGUGUUCGUAAAUAACGAAGAGGAAAAUGGGUACAAGAAUGUAUUCAGUUAUUUACUGGAUUUGAAGACAAGAUUAUCUGAGGUGACUGCUAUUGCUAAUUUCAACAGUAAGGCAAACAGAAAUAAAUACAAGAAACAAUAUGACAAAUACUCAUCGAGGCGUGAUAUAAAUGUGGGUGACUGUGUUUUAGUCCUCAAACCACACAGAGACAGUAAGCUGUCCGUGUUUUGGCAGGGCCCGUAUAAGGUUCUAAACAAGAUUUCCCAAUUUAAUUAUGUUAUCCAGAAAGAAAAUAUGACAAAGAUAUAUCAUAUAAACAGACUUAUGAAAUACCAUUGUAGGGUAAAGAAGGGAGAUAACCUAAUUGUUGCAGAUGAAAAUAGAAAUGAACUUUUGUCAGCUAAUAUGGUUUCAGUUGUAGGGGAGGAAGACGUUGCUGAGCAGGAUGAAUAUAAUGAUGAUAUGCUACCUAACAUUCCAACGCUAGAAAUUACGCAGAAAGAGAAGAUUCACGAGGAUGUCUUCACACAGGUCAAAAUUAACCCCAAUUUGAACCAUAUGCAAAAGAUGCAAGUAAAUGAAAUUUUAACAGAGUAUAGAGACAUUAUAUCCAAUGUUCCUGGCAGGGCCACAGUCGAAAAGUUUAAAAUUAAAUUGAUUGAUAAGAAGCCUAUAGCUCUGAAACCAUAUGCAGUGCCCAUUCAUAUGAAAGAGAAAGUGAAGCAAGAAAUCGACAACAUGUUAGAAUUGGGAAUUAUAGGGCCGACGGACUCCCCGUAUGCAGCGCCAGUUGUUAUAAUUAAGAAGAAAGAUGGCACACUCCGCCCUUGUAUAGAUUUUAGAAAAUUAAAUAAUAUUACUGAAAUACCUGCUGAGGUAAUUCCUGAACAAGAAGAUUUGUUUAACAUGUUGUAUAAAGCCAAGUACUUUACAUUGGUGGACCUAACAAAGGGUUACUGGCAAAUUCCGAUCAGUGAAACGAGCAAACCUUUUACAGCGUUUAGAGUUCUUGGGGAGCAUUAUAUGUUCCACUACUUACCCUUUGGGUUGAGCGGUGCUCCAAGUCAUUUUAAUAAGGUUGUUAAGAGUAUGCUAAGGGGAGUAGAAAAUGUAUUGUUCUACUUCGAUGACAUUUGUAUUUUCAGUGAAGACUGGGAAUCACACUCGAAAAGUGUCAGAAAUGUUUUUUGCGCUCUAAGAGAGAACGGCUUUACACUAAAACCAGAUAAACUUGAGGUGGGCUACACUAGUGUUAAAUUUCUGGGUCAUAAUGUGGGACAGGGAGUUAUCAAACCUGAUCCUAGCAAUGUAAAAAAGAUCAUGGAAUUUAAAACACCCACUACAAAGAAAGAAAUACGUAGUUUGAUUGGUCUGAUAAAUUAUUACAGCAAAUUUAUUCCGAGCUACGCGGAUUUAGUAUUCCCCUUUACAGAGUUACUACGUCGGGGCAAGUCUAUAAGAGUGGACUGGAACUAUGAGUGUGCGGAGGCAUUGAAUAGAGUGCAGACUUGUUUGAGUAAGUAUCCUAUUCUUCGUUUACCUGACCCUUCUCUAUCUUUUUUUCUUCAGACCGAUGCUUCAGAUAAAGGAAUUUCUGGUAUUCUCUGUCAGUGUAUCAAAGGUGUGUUACAUCCCAUAAAGUACGUAAGCCGUAAGUUGUUGCCUCGGGAGCAGAAGUACUCUAUUAUUGAACGGGAAGGAUUAGCCAUAGUAUAUUCUGUUAAGAAACUGGACAGGUAUUUAGCAGGUAAAACAUUUCACCUGCUGACUGAUCACAAGGCCUUAUCGUAUCUCAGGAGCACAAACUUUACAAAUGCACGUAUCACAAGAUGGGCAUUGAUGCUACAAGACUACUCCUUUGACGUUGCCCACGUAAAGGGAGAGCACAAUCUGCUGGCUGAUCUUUGUUCAAGAUUGAUAUAGACUUCCAUCCGCCAUUUAUAUUAUGUCUCUAUGUGUUAUAACAUUUGAACUUGUGUUUUAUAUUAUGCAAAUGAUACUAAUUUCAAGAAUAUAAUGUGUAUUUAUCUACCAUGAAUAUAAGUUGGUAUAUUAUAUUAAUGUUGUAUUUGUAAAUAUGAUUUUGUAAUAUAACUUGGUUCUUGGCCCAAGUUGAUAUGGAUCACCUUAAAAGUCAAGGUAACCAACUUUUCUUUGUAAUUGGAUUUUCAUCUUGACGUGUAUUGUGUCUCCUUGUUUCAUUAAUUGGUGACUCCCCAUCAUUUUUUUUCUUCCAUUAUUACAUUUUGAAAUGUGACAUAGAUGCACUUAUGAUCAUUUUGUUCUUCCUUGUUCUUUCUACAAAGUUUUGUCUUCGAAAGGAUUUUUGAUGACUGGAAUUUCUUUCAAAAUUUCCAGUUCGUCGAGGAGGGGGGAUGUCGCGUAGUAUAGACAAGUGUCUAUUUCUUUCUCCUAACUCUGUUUUUUUUUAUUUCCUCUACUGGUAGUACGUGUACGGGGCGAGAGUGUCUUGUAUUUUUUUGUUUUGAAUUGUUUUGCUACGUCACAAAGUCCGGUGACAUCUAUCGGUCAUUCUUUGUCAUGAGGCAGUUCACCCUCUAGUUUGGUUGUAGCGGACGGUGUGUUGGCUCGUAAAACGUUAUUUGUCUGUACCUGUUUCUCGGACUUAUUUUUCAGUUGGAUUUUUGGGACCCCUGUUUAGGGUGAGUUAUUCGUUUGUGAUAUCUAUUAUUGUAUGUUGUAUGAGGUUGUCACUAUUUCUAUUUUUAGUGUAGAAGUUGAGAGUAUUGUGUUUAUUUCGUUUAUAGGGUGCCAGUGUUGGAGUUGUGGGCGUCGCUUGCCGUCUCAGAAAUACAUAUUGCAGUUUUUUUCAUUGUCAUUGUCAAACUUUACUAUUACCAAGGUUGGCAGUGUUGUGACGCCAGUCGGUCAGAGUCUGGUGGACCAUAAAGCCAGGGUGACAAGUUAAUAGCCGUAGCAAAGGUGCUUAAAUUAAUUAUUGUAUAAUAUCUUUAUAUAUACCUAUUAUAUAUAUAUAUAUAUAUAUAUAUAUAUCUAAUAUAUAUACUGUCUAUUUGUCAUCCUCAUUGUACAUACACAUAUAUGUUUCAUACAAUUAAAUUCAUUUAUUUUUUUGUUGUUAUUUAAACUAUUCACCUAGUUGUUUACUGUAUGUACGACUGUGUGUGAGUGAUGUUCUUGUCAGGUUGAACCCCGGGACCUUAACAGUAUACAGCUAGUUAAAAACGCAAAUAAAUCCUAAACCUGACAUUGAACUUAUUUUGACCUAACCCUUUCUUGAAAGAAGUAGAAUGAGGUCACAGUAUCAAUUCAUGACAAUUUGAAUGCUUUAGUGCUGUUUAACAGUUUGAAUGUUUGACUACCAUUAGAAAGAUUGAAUUUUUUUAAUGCUAUUAUAAAGUUUGAAUGCUUCACAGCUAUUAUAAAUUUGAACGUUUUAAUGCCAUUAUAAAGUUUAAAUGU